CUCCCAUUCCAGCCAUGUGGCCUACUCCCCGCCCGCUCGUGCUCACCAUUCCGCUUCCGCUCCCCUGAUUCGUCUGCUCUCCCCCAAACCCCACAGAACCCUACCGUCCCCGCCGCGCCGCCAUGGCCGCCGGCGGCCGGCCGUGGCGCGUGAUCCCGCGGCCUGUCCUCGAGACCGUCCUCCACAACCACGCGCUUCGCCCGCGCGUGCCACAGCCGCUCCUCUUCCACGGACCCCGCGGCGUCGGCAAGUCCACGCUACUCUUCCACCGCCUCCUCCCGCGGUGGUCCGACCCGCCCCACGCCACCGCAUUCGUCGACUUCCUCCACCCCACGCCGAGUUCUCCCGCCGCCGCCCCGUGGUCCCUACUUCCCGCCGACCCAGCGUCUCCCCCCUCGCUGCACGACCUCCGCCUCCGCCUCGAGACCGCGCUUGAGGGCCUCGCCCGCGCCGCUGUCCUCUGCGGCGCUGUGGGCUCUAAGGACGUGCUCGCCGCGCUCUCCCGCAACCACGGUCUCAGCACCGCGCUCUCCCGCCUCUCAGGGCCCUCCGCCACCCCCUCCUCGGCCGCCUCUGUGCCAGCCCGCCGGUCUUCGGCGACCUCCGUGCCGGCGCUCUGGUCGAGGGCCGUGCUCGCCACUGUGCGCAGGGAUGACACCGUGUUCAGCAUCGGCGAGGGAGAGGCGACCAACUGCUCCAUGGAAGAGAGGGCAUACAUGCAGGAGGCAAUGGCGGCCUUGCGAGUGGCUAAGGAGGUGCUUGGGAUGCAGGAGGGGUGGAGGAAGGAUUCAAUUAGGGAGAUGAAUAGAACGGGGCGGUUCUCGCGCUCAUUGGCCAAUUCGGCUACUGACUGGCCGUGCCUAUUGCUUGAUGUUCUGUCGGGUGCUGCAGAGGAGGAAUUCUUCCAGCCAAAGCUGGUCCUGAACAAUGUGGAUGUUUUGAGAAAGGCAAUUUGCAAGGAUGAGACAAUGGUGCCUGCGGCGAUGUACCAUGAUAGUUUCAUUUGGAGGGUGAUUGCACUUGGCGCCAAUGAACAGUGCUUGCCAGUUAUUAUGUCGACUUCAGAUGGAUACUAUUCUUCCCAAGCGUUCGUUGAUUUUGGUUUUCCGAACAUAUUUAUUUCUCGUGAGACAUUUGGUUGGACGGCACAAGAAGCCAAGCUGCAUAUGGUUUCUGAAUUCUUCAGUGAACAGGAGUGGAAAGUUGUAGAUGAGGUUCUUGGGCCAAACCCACGGCAGUUAUCUGAGAUAUAUAUGCUAAAGCAAAAGGCGAAUAACCCAGAGGUUCUUCAUGACAGAAAUAUUGAGGAAAUUAUUGAUACGUACCUGGCACACUUGCAAGUCUCUGUUGUUAAUCCAGCCAUGGAGAACGCAUUAAAAAUGCUGCAGAAGUUUGCCUCAGAUGUCCGUGAGGGUAAAGUACCAGAGAACAGAUUGUCUUUUGGUGCACCCUGGAGACAUCCACCUCGGGAUGACAACCCUGACUUGUCCUAUAAAUGGGCGAAGAUUCAGCUAAUGGAUUUUAUCCAAUCCUUUGUGAACACUGAGUUUGGGCUGAACUACCUAGCAGAUGACAGCUUGGAAAUAUUGGAUGAUCCUGCUGCUGUUGCCAUGAUGGAGGUUGGUUUACUGUAUCAACAAAGAGAACCAUCCUUUAUGCGACCAAUCACUUGUGGGAUUGAGCGUUGUCUUGCCAGAUGGCUUGCUCAACAGAGACUACAAUUGAACAUUCAAGAAAUGCUAGCAUUCUUUUGGCAACGUUUGAUACGGGGGCGAAGCUACCGCCACUUGAUGAAAGAAAUUGGCUACAAGUAAAGAAGCAUAUGAGAAGUGCUGUUUAACCAUUCAGUGAUUUUGAUGGACUAACAGUCUGACAUGAUAUCUGUAUAAGAAUGUUUCAAGGGUAUAUUAAUUUUUUGGCCCCUCAUAUUUACAUUGUAGUCUGGAAGCUUGGAAUCAGUUUCAGGUAGAGGUGGAUGGCCAGUUUUACAUUUUCUGCUGCUGAUGACAAAAAGAAUCAAGCAUUUUCUUAACUAAUAAGCUGGGAAUGCGAACGUUGCCAUUUGGACUAUAAGUAGCAACAGAAGUUGAUGUUGAAGGCACUCAUAGAAUUUACAUGCUCUCAAUGCAGCUGCACUUCUACCUGUAUGUCAAUUUCUGGCAUGGAAUGUUUAGAUUGCCAUCCCACGUAAUCUUUUCUCAUGUAUGUGAGCUGAUUCACCUUGUCAAUGAGAAUGUAUUUUCACGUACUCCAACGGCAUGAGUUAAUCCUCAGGGUUUACAUGUCUCAAUGAUAACUAACCAGUCUUAACAUAUUAUGAUUGUAGUUUUGAGCAUCCUUCAGAUCAA